AAUCAAAUAUACAAAUUGCCAAAAAUGUAGUCAUUGAAACUUAUUUGAAUAAAACUUAUUUAGACAAAACUCAUUUAAAUAAAACUAAUUUAGAUGAACCUAAUUUAAAUGAAACCCACUUAGACAUGUUUGGAAAUAAUGACAAUUUACUUAAAUUAGAUUAUUUGAGAGAUGAGAAUAAUGAAGAUAUUUUAAAAAUAAACUAG